AUGGCUACUGGCAGUACUGCUACAUUUGACGAUCUGGAAGACUCUCGGUCACGGUUAGGAACUCUGCUUCAAAGUUUAGAUCGUCUGAGCGGUUCUUCAAAUGCUGAAGAAGUUGAACAGCUUCGCUAUGUAACAUCCAGGCUACAGCAACUCGUCGGUGGCCAAGAUCUUUUUAUAGGCCUUUUAAAAGCCACAUGUAGUUCCAUGGACAGUCAAAUCUCCCUGAAUAUAACAUACACUUUAUUGGACCUCUUACUGACUGGGAAACGAUCCUCAACGUUUGUUUCUCGUGGAGCUACCCAGGUUAUUCUUUCUGCACUGAUAACGGCUAACCGAGAGCAGCCAGUGUGCGAUGAACUCGUAGUGGUGCUGCAUUCAGUACUGGCUAAAAUUGGUGUCAAAGAUCGGAAAUUUGGUGUGAAAGCCAGAUUAAGUGGUGCUUUGCCUAUUACACUGGGGUUGGUUAGAGCGCAUACUAAUAAUUUUAAAGUACUCCUUCCGGCUAUUCAAGUACUUAAGAUCUACUCUAUGAAUGCUGUCAACUCAUCAUGUCUAGGAAAAUCUGGUGCUGUGAGUGCAAUGUUCAAAAUCCUUGCAGUCUGUGGUCGGAAACAUCUCAACAUAGUCAAAAUUGCCUUGGACACGUUGGCUCAGUUAGUAAAAUCAAAAAGUAACUCUGCACGUGCCAUUGGCCAGGGUGGUAUGACGAUAUUAUUAACGAUGGCAUUUGAUUGGCAUCGGUCAGAUUCACGCAAUAGACAUUUUAAUCUUCGUAAAUCUAUUCUUAUUGUGAUUAGAAACAUCACAACUCUGAAAUCUGGACGAAAAGCAUUUACUGAGGCGGAUGGAAUUAGGAUACUAUAUGCAGUAGCUCAAGAGAUGUCUGAAGUGCGAGAACUAGAAACCUUAGUCACUAUAAUUAGUUUAAUAUUGAGAAAAUGUUUCCCAAAGAAUCGUCUGCCUGUACAUAGCAUUAAAAGCUCUAUAGCAUAUCAACUCCCUGAAGCUGCAGCCGAGUAUCUACAAAUACCAAUGGAUGCACAAGGCGAUGAUGUAUUGGAUGACAGUGAUGAUCAAGAUGAUGAUUUGAGCAGUGAUGACGAUGAAGAAAAUCAGCAAGAAUUCGAUGACCUUGAUGAAGAUAACAAGAACAAGCUGGAAAAACGAUCAGCAGAAGAUCUUUUCAUGUAUGAGCAAUUCUUUCCUGAGUUACUUGAAUUCACCGAGGAGAAAUAUUUGCUUAAAGAUGAAGAGAAAGUAGAAGAAGGCAAAGAUACAAAAGAGUACAAUGGUAAAUCAUCUUCGACAGUCAUCAUUCCAACAGCCACGAUGGAUUCCAGAACAGUGCACAAUAUGGAUUCUAGAAUUACCUCUAAUCUUGUCUAUAACUCUAAAGAAAACCGAUUCAGUUUGCCAAACUUAUCAAAAUAUAACUACAUGGUUUCGAACAAAUCGUUAGCGGUAAAUGCUGGUGAUCUAUCUCUUAACAUGGGAGGUAUACGCUUAGUGUCGGAUAGUGGAAAUGGAAGCUCUGUAUCAGAGUGUAGUCUCAGAUCUAGUGCCAAUACUUCAGUUGACUCUAGAAGUGUCGACGGUGCUAGUGUGUUCAAUGGAAAAAACAAUAGACGACAUUCAAAAUCUCAUAAUAAUUUACGUGGGAGCCGGUCUCCCAGCAAGGUGCACAAGGUGUCAAAAUCAAUGACUUCUGUCAAGAGUAGUCUUUCCGAGCGUUGUCGUGCCAAUUCACCGUCUAUUCCAAGUAGUCGGUCAAAAGUGGAUUCGGUAAUUGAAAGUUUCAAUCCCGACUUGAUGAUCACGUCGUUAACCAUCCAGUCGUCGGAUAGCGCCAGGACAGACCGAAACAGUUCUAGAGCCGACAAUGCCUGUGAAGACAUCAACGCCAGCACGCUUCAGUCGAAUAAUUACGAAAACUAUAGCAACCCUGAUAUCUUUGUAGAAGUAGCUCACAAAACAAGAAGUGUCCAAGUAUUAACAAAGUUAGCCUUCCCAGAAUUCAAUGGUCAUAUCUCUCCUAUCUAUCCUGAACCAUUCAACGACAGACCAGGAGGGGUACAAAGGAACAUGAUAUUUGAUGAUAUAGAUCGGAUGAUACACCCUCAGAGCAUCAUUGAUAAAGUGGUGUUUGACUUGGAUCAGAUAAUGGGAACUAACCCCUAUUUGAGAAGUGGGAAAUCCAGAGAACCUGCGUACCAGGCUUACAGUUCUGGUGAUAUCAAAAUUAAGAAUUUUCCAUCUCCUGAAGGUACUGACAUGACAAAUACUCUGCAGUUUAACUCUCUCUUUGAAAGUGGUAAUUUGAGGAAAGUUAUACAGGUAGGUCUAAUAGAAUAUGAUCUAAUUUUAAACUCUGAUAUUAAUUGCAAUCACCACCACCAAUGGUUUUACUUUGAAGUAAGUGGUAUGAAAACUGAUGUACCAUAUCGAUUCAACAUUGUCAACUGUGAAAAACCCAAUAGCCAAUUUAACUUUGGUAUGCAGCCAUUGUUGUAUUCAGUGAGAGAAGCUAUAGAGGGCCAUCCAAGCUGGAUCCGUGCAGGGACAGAUGUCUGCUAUUACAGGAACCACUAUUCCCGGAGUUCAGCGGCAGCAGCUGGACAAAAAGGAAAGAGUUACUUUUCCCUGACAUUUACAAUGGUGUUUCCAUAUGACGAUGAUAUCUGUUACAUGGCAUAUCAUUAUCCCUAUACUUACUCUCAGCUUCAAACACACUUGUUCGAGUUAGAAACUAAUCUCAUAGGUAGUGGACACACCAAUAUCUAUUAUAAGAAUCAGACCUUCUGCGAGACACUGGGUGGUAAUCCUUGUCCAGUUCUGACCAUAACAUCCUAUCCACACUCGAGAGAUAAGGAAGGCAUCGAACAAUUCAGAUGCCGGCCAUAUAUCUUUCUCUCUGGUCGCGUACAUCCAGGAGAAAGUAACGCUUCCUGGGUCAUGAAAGGAUCGUUGAAUUUCCUGAUGAGUCAGCAUCCUAUUGCACAGGCUUUACGAGAAGUUUAUAUUUUCAAGAUAGUUCCAAUGUUGAAUCCAGAUGGUGUUAUUAAUGGAAGUCAUCGUUGUUCAUUAAGUGGUGAGGAUUUGAAUCGGCGUUGGCAGGAUCCUUCACCAGAUCUGCAUCCCACUAUCUACCAUACCAAAGGUUUACUCCAAUAUUUACAACUCAUAAACAAGACACCAUUGGUCUAUUGUGAUUAUCAUGGACAUUCUCGUCGUAAAAACGUCUUUAUGUAUGGAUGUAGUAGUGCCUUGUCAUAUCUACCAGAAGACAAUGCUACUGUUUCUAGUGGUAGUUCAGGUUCACGGGAAGAUACCAGUUAUAGGACUCUGCCCAGAAUCCUGUCAAAUGCACCAUCAUUCUCUUUCAAUAAUUGUAGUUUUGUGGUUGAGAAGUCCAAGGAAGCUACUGCCAGGGUGGUUGUCUGGAGAGAAAUAGGUGUUGCCAGGAGUUAUACCAUGGAGAGUACGUACUGUGGGUGCGACCAAGGUCCAUACAAGGGACUUCAAAUUGGAACCAGAGAAUUAGAAGAGAUGGGUAAAAAGUUCUGUGAAGCUCUCUUGAAAUUGCGUCGGACCAGCCAACACAUGAGGCAGCCAUCUAGCUACACAAGUCUGACUGCUCUUGUAGCAACCUCUUUGGAAAAUGAUAAGGAACAGGAAAAUCACAGCCCUGAUGAAGAGAAUGUAGUUGUGCAGCAAGAUGCAGAUUGCAGUAGCGAAAGCCUGGUACAAUUAGACGCUGAUGGAAGUGGUCAGGGAAUUAGUAUCGAAGAAGAUGACGAUGAUGAUGAUGAUAGCUAUGAUGAUUUAGAGUAUGAUGACGACGACGACGACGAUGAUGAUGAUGAUGAUGAUUUGUGCACUGUUUCAGGUUCUGUACAACUUCCACCAAUUGAGAAUGAUAGUGACGACAAAGAUAGAGAAUAAAUUACUGAGAUGCUACUACUGCAAUGCUCAACCGAAGUACAAACAUAUCAGCAGUUUGUAAUUUUUGUACAUUUUAUAAAA